UUUUUGGGCACCGUAAAAUGUCACCCAGAUGGCCUUUUUUUAUAUAUACAAAUUAGUUUUAAGUAAGUUAAGUACCAAUGAUUGUCACACACACACACGAGGUUUGGCGAAAUUAUUCUCUGCAUUUGACCCAUCACCCUUGAUCACCCCCUGGGAGGUGGGAGGAGCAGUGAGCAGCAGCGGUGGUCGCGCCUGGGAAUCAUUUUUGGUGAUUUAAUCCCCAAUUCCAACCCUUGAUGCCAAGCAGAUGGGACUUAAAUGCUUUGACGCCAAUUUAACUGAUAAGUCACAUAUAGGGAUGUCGAUAAAUGCUUUAAAAUGUAAUAUCGUAAAGUAUCGGUAUCGGUUUCAUAAUUAUCGGUAUCAGCUAAAAACGUGAAAUUUGUGACUUUUUAAAAACGCUGCUGUGUACACGGACGUAGGGAGAAGUACGGAGCGCCAAUAAACCUUAAAGGCACUCCCAGCCACAUAAUAUCUACGGCUGUUCACACACACAAGUGAAUGCAAAGCAUACCUGGUCAACAGCCAUACAGGUCACACUGAGGGUGGCCGUGUAAACAACUUUAACACUGUUACAAAUAUGCGCCACACUGUGAACCCACACCAAACAAGAACACAUUUCGGGAGACCAUCCGCACCGUAACACAACAUAAACACAACAGAACAAAUACCCAGAAUCCCUUGCAGGACUAACUCUUCCGGGACGCUACAAUAUACCCCCUCCGCUACCCCUAACCCCCCACCUCAACCCCGCCCCCCUAAGCCUGCCCCCCAUAACCCCACCCACCUCAACCUCCUCAUGCUCUCUCAGGGAGAGCAUGUCCCAAAUUCCAAGCUGCUGUUUUGAGGCAUGUUAAAAAAAAACAAUGCACUUUGUGACUUCAAUAAUAAAUAUGGCAGUGCCAUGUUGGCAUUUUUUUUCCAUAACUUGAGUUGAUUUAUUUUGGAAAACCUUGUUACAUUGUUUAAUGCAUCCAGCGGGGCAUCACAACAAAAUUAGGCAUAAUAAUGUGUUAAUUCCACGACUGUAUAUAUCGGUAUCGGUUGAUAUCAGUAUCGGUAAUUAAGAGUUGGACAAUAUCGGAUAUCGGUAAAAAAGCCAUUAUCGGACAUCUCUAGUCACAUACAUCGUGUGCAGUGUUUGCUGUGUGAAUGUUGUGUAAUUUCUACAUUUAUACUUUGUGUUAAUAUAUCAACACUAAACCUUCCAUUUUAUUUAUGUAAAAUACACAAUGGAUGUUACACUUUUGUUGUUUUUAUAUUUUCAGUCUUACAAACCUAAAUAUAUUAACGCUGUCCCCCCGCAGGGGAAACUGGGUAAAAACACGGCACACUGCUAAAGCUGGACCUAUUUUACUAUAACAAUCUACAAGGUUAACAAAGUCUGCUUCUCUUGUUUUGUAAGUAUUAAUGAUGCAGCAGACAUGGUGUGUUCCUAUCAGUGUUUGUUCCAGCUGUGUGGCUACCAAAGAGUUCCCAGUCUUCCAGUCAAUCAUUGGACCAGUGGAGAUCAGACAUGAAGCAGCAAACCUUCUGCGCGGUCCUCGUCCUGGCGUUCUGGACCCCUUGUCACGGCGGGCCCCUGACGGCCCCCCACGCCAACAUGACGGACCAGGAGCUGUUCUGGGGCGCCGACCAGUACGACUUCUCUGUGGUUCUGUCCGCCGCCGGCAUGGAAUGUUUCUGGCACUUUGCUCACACGGGAGAGAAGUUCUACCUCAGCUUCAUGGUGCAGUGGGUGACGGGUGUCGGCCAUGACAGACACCUGUCCGUCACCGUCAACGCCCCGAGUGGCCUGCUGCUCUCCGGCGUGGACGACGCUACUGGUCAGGUGGAAUUUGACGCCAAGGAGUCUGGUUUCUACCAGAUGUGUUUCAGCAACUUCCACAACCGCUUGGGAACAAUGCAGGUGUUCCUCAGCUUCGGCGUCUACUACGACGAGCACCGCCCGGACGGCGAGGGCGAGGGCGGCGGCGGCGUGAAGAAAGACGACGCGUCCGAGCGGCUGAACGACACGCUGAGCAUCAUCCAGGACUCCGCCCACAAGGUGGAGAACCACGUCUUCCACAUGUUUCGCUACUACAACUUCGGCCGCAUGAGGAAGAGCGCCGACUACUACCUGCUGAUGUCCAACGCCCGCUACGUCACCUGGUGGUCGGCGGCGCUCAGCCUCCUGGUGGUGGUCUCGGGUUACCUGCAGCUGGUCUUCCUCAAGAGUCUCUUUGGCCGCGAGGCCGACCCCCAGGACCGUGCGCCUCGCUGCUGAAGACUGGCUGACAACUGUAUCAAGGUCUUAUAUCGCUCCGUAUCGACACAUUUUUUCAGACCUACGGAAAACAAAAAAUAGGAGAAAAAUGUACGGAGCCCCUAAAGGGACA